CAACAACUUAAUCCUCUAAUAAUCUCAUGGAUGGAGAUGCCUUACAUGGACUAAUCUCGCCCAUAGCUCUUCACCAAGAAUCUAGUCUACUCAUAGAAUGACACAAAAUCUGAAGUAUUCCGUGCACGAAUCGAUCAUUAACGCAUAAAAGAAAUGAUAGUGUAGCAGUGUGCUGAUUCCAGGCUGAAAGAGGGAUAGAAGCUUGCGUUUUCAACGCUAUCUUCCUUUGGCACCGGCUCUGUUAGCCGGAAUAUAUCAAAUCGCUAUCGGUGUUUUAGAUCACCACUUAUGCAAUAGCAGUCAUUUCCCGAUCACCGAUCUCUUCAUUUCCGUCUGAUUCCCGAAAACGAGAUAACAAUUAGGCCUAAUGGGACAAGCUUUCCGCAAGCUCUUCGACACCUUCUUCGGCAACAGCGAGAUGAGGGUUGUAAUGCUAGGGCUUGAUGCAGCUGGAAAAACUACUAUACUCUAUAAGCUACACAUAGGAGAAGUUCUAUCAACAGUUCCUACCAUUGGCUUCAAUGUGGAAAAGGUGCAGUAUAAGAAUGUGAUUUUCACUGUCUGGGAUGUUGGUGGACAAGAGAAGUUAAGGCCUCUCUGGAGGCAUUACUUCAACAAUACAGAUGGACUGAUCUAUGUUGUUGACUCUUUGGACCGAGAGAGGAUUGGAAGGGCCAAAGAAGAGUUUCAGGCCAUUAUCAAAGAUCCUUUUAUGCUUAAUGCGGUAAUUUUAGUUUUUGCUAACAAACAGGACAUGAAAGGGGCGAUGACACCCAUGGAAGUAUGUCAAGGCCUUGGACUGCUUGACCUUAGGAGCAGAAAAUGGCAUAUACAAGGGACAUGUGCUUUAAAAGGGGAUGGACUUUACGAGGGUCUUGACUGGUUGUCAAGCACUCUGAAGGAGCACAAAGCUUCUGGCUUCUCCUCAGUAGGUGGCGGCACUUCAACCUUUUGAUUGUUCCAACUCUGUAUGUAAUUUGGCGUUUCUUAUCUGAGUUUGAUUGAAUAUAGGCUUUUGUUUUCUUUCAUUGUUUGAACUUUGAAGUCGUCAAUUUUAUGUACCGCCUUGGGCAGCAGGUUUAAUAGAGGAGUUCAAGUCUUCAAUGCUUCCGCUACUACAAAGAGAAAACCGUCUUCUUGUAAGGCUGCAAAACUAAGAUUCGAAUUCUUUGUUGCUCCCAACAUUCAUAGUAUUGAAUGAAAGUAGAUGUUUAACUAUGGUGUGAAUGAUACUUCAAAGUUCAAAUGUGUGAAUAGAGUUUGGCAGUUGGAUGAACUUUUGCACAUUUCCCACAAUACCCCCCCCCCCCCCCCCCCCCCCUCCCAUUGCUAUGAAUGGUUGCUCCAGUUGCUAAUAUAACUACUUACAGAUAAAUAAAUAAAUAAAUU